AUCGACCUUGUUCUUGUUCUUGUUCUUGUUCUUGUUCUUCUUCGUCUUCUCUUCGGAGCUUUUUUCUUCAGAUAUCACCCAGAUCGUAACUUUUGAUCUUCGAAUUUCACAAAGCUCAAACUUUUGGAUUCUUUACUAAUCCUAUUGUCACAUAACAUCGGAACAAGAUCAUCAAUGUAUAAACAACUGAUCAGAAGUUCAUAUUUCUCUUUGUAAGUAUACAAUUCGGGAUCUUGAUCACUUCUUGCAAUGGAGAAAGAGAUGGAAGAUAAAGAAGAAUUCGAUGAGGGUGAGAUUGAGUACACGAGUUAUGCUGGUGAGCAUCAUCUGCCAUUGAUUAUGUCUCUUGUUGACCAAGAACUUAGUGAACCUUACUCCAUCUUUACUUACCGGUACUUCGUCUACCUCUGGCCGCAGCUAUGCUUCCUGGCCUUUCACAAAGGUAAAUGCGUAGGAACCAUAGUCUGUAAGAUGGGGGAUCAUCGACAGACUUUCAGAGGGUACAUCGCUAUGUUGGUUGUGAUUAAACCAUAUCGUGGCCGAGGCAUAGCCUCAGAGCUUGUCACAAGAGCGAUAAAAGCGAUGAUGGAAUCAGGCUGUGAAGAGGUAACUCUGGAGGCAGAAGUGAGUAACAAAGGAGCAUUAGCACUAUAUGGGCGACUCGGGUUUAUAAGAGCCAAACGGCUAUACCACUAUUACUUGAAUGGGAUGGAUGCUUUUCGCCUGAAGCUCUUGUUCCCUAAGCCUCGUGUACCUCAAAUACCUUCUCAAGUUCAAACCCAACAAGAGUAUGAGACCUUUCCUAGGCCUCGUGUACCUUAAGGCCAUGAACGAAGAUGUGUGUUUCUUCAAUGUAUUCUAAAUCCUGAACAUGCUAAGACUAUGUUCUCUUUCGUAUGAAGAAAUAUUAUGUGUUGGUACAAUUCUAGUCCCAUGUUUAUGAAGUAUUCUCGACUGGAGUAAGCGAUUAAUCUGGACGUUUCAACGGUCUUGUGUGUCUACAGAAACAAUUUAGCAUAUUCAUAUCACUUUGUGGUGUGCGUAUAUACGUUUUUAAGGUCUCUCAAACUUGGUUGAUGAUUGG